CCCCCACGAAUAGUGGGGCUGUGAGUGGGGCAGCAGGUCCUGAGUGUUGGACUCUUGCUCUUUCAGGGGCCGGUGACCUUCGAGGAGGUGGCUGUGUAUUUCACCAGGGAAGAGUGGGCUCUGCUGGACCCCGCUCAGAGAGCCCUCUGCAGAGAUGUCAUGCAGGAGAACUAUGAGAAUGUGACCUCGCUGGCCAGUUUUCCCAUUUCCAAACCUGAUGUGAUCUCCCAGCUGGAACAAGGGGAGGAGCUGUGGGUCCUGGAUCUCCAGGGCUCUGAGGAAGGAGGGAUCACAAGAGGUGCCUGUGAAUCAGGUGCUGGGAUGGUGAAUGAGAACAAGGAGCUGAAUCCUCAGCAGGAAGAUGCUGAGCAUAUGGAAGCACAUGGGGGAUUACCGCAAGGAUCGAAAGGGAAUGUGGCCAGGUGUCGUGUGAAGGGGAAAGCCUGUGAGAGCCAGCACAGGCCAGAGGGGGAGCAGGGAAACCAGCCCAGGGAGAAAGUGGGCAAAUCCAUUAAUUGUCAGGGGCCUCACCAGGACUCCAAGGAAAUCACAGCCCAGCAGAGAAUAUCUACAAAAGAGAGAAAAAACACAUGCACUGAGUGUGGGAAACACUUCAGUAGCCACUCGGACCUUAUGAAACACAAGCGAAUCCACACAGGAGAGAGGCCCUAUGGAUGCGGUGUGUGUGGGAAAAGCUUCAGCCAGAGCUCUCACCUUAUUCGGCAUCACAGGAUCCACUCGGGAGAGAGACCCCACGAGUGCGGCAAGUGCGGGAAAAACUUCACUCUGAGUUCUGCCCUUAUUAGACAUCAGAGGAUCCACACAGGAGAGCGACCGCAUGAGUGCUGUGAGUGUGGGAAAACCUUCACUGACAGCUCAGCUCUUAUUAAUCACCAGAGGACCCAUACAGGAGAGCGACCCUAUACAUGCUGUGAGUGCGGAAAAAAGUUCACUCGGAGCUCAGGUCUUAUUAUACAUCAGAGGAUCCACACAGGAGAGCGACCCUAUGAAUGCUGUGAGUGCGGGAAAAGCUUCACUGUCAACUCAGACCUAAUUAAUCAUCAGAGGAUCCACACAGGAGAGAGGCCCCAUGAAUGCUGCGAGUGCGGGAAAAGCUUCACUCAGAGCUCAGCCCUUAUUAGACAUCAGAGGAUCCACACAGGGGAGCGACCGUAUAAAUGUUGUGAGUGCGGGAAAAGCUUCGUUGUCAAGUCAGAACUUAUUGGACAUCAGAGAAUCCACAUGGGACAGAUCCCCUAUAAAUGCUCUGAGUGCGGGAAAACUUUCACGCAGAGGUCAGCCCUUGUUACACAUUGGAGGAUCCACACAGGAGAGCGCCCCUAUGAAUGCCACGAGUGUGGGAAAAAAUUCACUGUCAAGUCAGACCUUACUAGACAUCAGAGAAUCCACACGGGAGAGCGCCCCUAUGAGUGCUAUGAGUGCGGGAAACUGUUCAGUCAGAAAUCAAACCUUAGCGCCCAUCAGACAAGCCACACAGGCGAGACACCUUAUCAAUGCUGUGAGUGUGGGAAAGGCUUCAGUGUGAGUUCUGCCCUUAUCAUACAUCAGAGGAUUCACACGGGCGAGAGACCUUAUCGCUGCUUGGUGUGCGGGAAAAGUUUCAUCCGCAGCUCACACCUGAAUAGACAUCAGACCCAGCAGGGAAUACCUACAGGAGAGAGAAAAAACACAUGCACUGAGUGUGGGAAACACUUCAGUCUGAACUCCACCCUGGUUAGACAUCAGCGGAUCCACACGGGGGAGCAGCCCUACAAAUGCUGUGAGUGUGGGAAACAGUUCAGUGAGAAAUCAAACCUUAUUACACAUCAGACAAGCCACACAAGAGAGAGACCCUAUGAGUGCUGUGAGUGCGGGAAAAGCUUCACUCGGAGUUCAACCCUUACUAGACAUCAGAGAAUCCAUACAGGAGAGAGACCCUAUGAGUGCUGUGAGUGUGGGAAAAAGUUCACUCAGAGCUCAGUCCUUCUUAAUCAUCAGCGAAUGCACACAGGAGAGCGCCCCUAUACAUGCUGUGAGUGCGGGCAAACAUUCGCUCAGAGCUCAGCCCUAUUUAAACAUGAGAAGAUUCACACAGGAGAGCGCCCUUAUGAAUGCUCUGAGUGCGGGAAACAAUUCAUUGAGAAAUCAAAAUUUAUGAAACAUCAGACAAGUCACACAGGAGGGAGACCCUAUGAAUGUUGUCAGUGCGGGAAACAGUUCAGUGAGAAAUCAAGCCUUACUAAACAUCAGGCAAGCCACACAGAUGAGAGACCCUAUGAGUGCAGUGAGUGCGGGAAAAGCUUCACUCGCAGCUCAUCCCUUAUAAGACAUCAGAGGAUCCACACAGGAGAGAGACCGUAUAAAUGCUGUGAGUGCGGGAAAAGCUUUGCUUUCAAAUCAGACGUUAAUAAACAUCAGAGCGUCCACACGGGAGAGCGCCCCUAUGAAUGCCGCGAAUGCGGGAAACAGUUCAGUCAGAAAUCAAACCUUAGGGCACAUCAGAGAGGCCACACAGAACAGAGUUCCUAUGAGUGCCGUGAGUGCGGGAAAAAGUUCAGUCAGCACUCAGGCCUUAUUAAUCACCAGAGAAUCCACAUGGGAGAGCGCCCCUAUACAUGCUGUAAGUGGGGGAAACAGUUCAGUGAGAAAUCAAACGUUCUUAAAUGUGAGGCAGACCACACAGGAGAGAAACCCUAUGAGUGCCGUGAAUGCGGGAAAAAGUUCACUCAGCGCUCAGGCCUUAUUAAUCACCAGAGAAUCCACACAGGAGAGCGCCCCUAUACAUGCUGUGAGUGUGGGAAAAAGUUCACUCAGAGCUCAGGCCUUAUUAAACAUCAGAGGAUCCACACAGGAGAGAAACCCUAUGAGUGCUGCGAGUGCGGGAAAAAUUUCACUGAGAGCUCAUCUCUUAUUAGACAUCAGGGGAUCCACACGGGAGAGAGACCCUAUGAAUGCUUUGAGUGUGGGAAAAGCUUCACUUUUAAAUCGGACCUUAUUAAUCAUCAGAGGAUUCACACACAAGAGCAGCCUGUGAAUGCAGUGAAAGCGGGAAAAGUUUCACCUGGAGCUCAUACCUUAAUAGACAUCAGUGAUUUCACAGGAUAGAGACACACCAUAAGAACUUUGUGUAGGGCAGAGAAAAGAUUUUUUUUUUUUUUUUAAAAGGCAUUUGCUAAUUCCUAUACAGGGACUUUGGUAAAAACAGCCCUAAAUUUACGUCACCCUGUUCCCUCAAUUCCCCCAGAUGAGUUGCCCACUUUUUCUUUGCAGGUCGCCCUUCUCUGAGGUGACCCGUGGUCCUUUCUACCAACUCCUUUCUCCUAUGAGUCAUGAGAGUGUGUCUCCCUCUGGCCAGGAGUGUCCAUCAGCCUCAAGUGGGGUUAAUAGGGGUGACCUCAGGUAGGGGUGAUCUAAAAUUGACCUGGGCUUUGUCUCCUCUAGGAUUUUCCAGCCUGCUGGAGGUAGUUAUCCUAAUGUAAAUACCCCGCUAUAUGUGCAGUGCUGACAUAGCCCAUGCACAGGGGCUGGGGUUAGCUCGCACCUUCCCCUUUGACCUGUCCUAAUUGACACCAAUAUUCCUGCUCUGGACAAUCCCUGAGCAGCACAUUUAUACUGUCUCCGCACUAACAAAGCAAGUGUUAGUCACCAAGUUUCCCCUUUGGCAACAGAUUGUCUCAUUCCCAGUUGUUCUCACGCUGGUCCAGGUUGUUUUGGGCAGUAGAUAUUUUUCUUUUUAACAUUUUCCUUAUUGAAAAUCUAUUUCAAUAUAACAAAGAGGAGGAGCAGGAGUAGGACAAAUGUAUCAUGUCGGCCUCUGUGACACUGGAAGGAAAUGGGGUGAGUGGACGGGAUUCCCUCCUUCCCCAUUACCGUCACUAGGCCCGCUCACUCCAGCAGCGCUGGGUUCUGUUUGAGCCACAAUGGAGUUUAUCCACCUAUAAUCUACCCCUCCAUCUCCCAGAGAGUCUCUGCACUUAAUGGCAAUUUGAUCCUAAAUCCUACUUGUUAGGCAGGAGAUGAAAGUGUCCCAGAUCUGGGAAAUUUCCAUGGAUCCCAAACACCAUGCAAUCAUUCCCCAUUUAAAUCUCAGUUUCUGUCUAUUGACAGAGCCACUUCUGGACAUUUUCCUGCUGAACUGGGAUAGUUUGCAGACAAGAAGGUCAGCAGUUUUUCCCUAUUACGAUGAUGCUAAUUUUCUUGUUUUGUCAAUAACAAUGAAGUGCUGUUGAGUGAAGCAGGUUUGAAUGGAUCAGAGGAGAAAGUGACAGGGGAAUCUGCUCUCCUGGUUUUUGAGUUAUCGAAUGUAACCUGCUCUAGAAUUUAAUUUUAUAUGAAACUGAAAGUGACUUAUACAGAGCUAGUUGAGUGGUGUUAAGUAUAGUUUGUUUAGUGAGCUGUGUUCUUCAUUUUAUUUGUUUGUUCAUUUUAAUGAAAUGUAUAAAACCGAGAGUGAGUCAUGUCUUUCAAUAAGUCACAUGGGUCAGAACCGUGGAGCAUCUGGGUGGAGAUCAGCCAGUCCAAGUUGGAGCCUUAUCAACUCCCUCUGUAUUAACCCUUUGGCUCUCACAUGGGAGCAGCUGUGGGGGGAGGAGGUGGGAACCCAUCUCAGCUCCCACUGGAUUCUAGGGAGCUCAGAGCAUCGUAAGUAAAAAAUGAAUUCCCCUACGCAGCUUUUAGGAGUAGGGAGUUGGUAGAAGGGCGGGGUAUCUCUAAGUAGGGGUGGGAUGCUGGUGGAUUUCUCUGCUGUCACUGUCAUGACCAGAAGCAGCCAGCACACACAUCUGGCUUGCCGUGGGAUUGUGUCUGGUCAGGAUCACCUGAAGUUGGAGGUCUGGUUCGAAGGGUUGUAAAUGGAGGGGAAGAGAUUGUGCCUUUUAGCCAUUGUGGUGUUGGAAGACUGAAGAUGUGUUUGUGUUUUGGGGGAACAUUGGGGAAUAACUGAAAGAGGGCAGAGUUAAGGUUGUGUGGGCAACCUUAUCUCUUAGUUUCCUAUUUUUCAGGCAUGUGAGUUUUGCUGAAGUUGAGCUUCUCCAGGCAGACAACAUUCCACCAGGCACUUAACUCCUUCUUAAUGAUGGUUUUUGUCCUUUAAUUACUCCUUGAGAAAUUCUGCACCAAAAAAUUAAAUAUUCUGCACACUA